UUAUGACUACAGAGAAAACAGAGCGGCACUCUCCUAUACGCUCAGCUGUGUGUCCGGGUUAAAGCAGUGUACCUACCGCUGGAGCUCACAUUACAGCAGCUGGUACAGCCUGCUGCACACACGCUGUAGUUUCAUGUUUCAUGUUUAACUAACAGCUUUAGACCUAGCAGAGCUGAACUAGAGUCAUUUCUCCAUGUUUCCCAUGACGUCAGGAUCAUUUCAGCCCUGCGAUGGUCACUGCUCCGUGUUUUUUCACCUUUAAGUUCUGUUUGAUUUUAGGAUUUUAUCGUCUUAUUUUCUGGAGUUUUGCUUCUUGUUUUCAACAUUAGUUUCAGAUGUCUGCCAUGGUGUUUCCAUGAUUACUUAGAUGUGUAUUUAUUUUAUCUUGAUUAAUGCAAAACAUCUGUGGCUGAGGGGGGACCUUGGACAGACCUGGACUUGACGUGUCAGCUCUCAUCUUCAGCUCUAAGAACCUGAGUGGAAUUGUCCCUUAAGAGGACCCACUGCUGAGCAUGUGCAUCAUCACCUGUGGGCCAUGAGUCUGUCUCUCCUCCUGCUGCUCGCCCUCCUCGUGGAUGUGACUGAUACUAAAGCUGGUUCAGAUUUUAGGAUCUGUGCCUUCAACACACAACACUUUGGUGAAUCCAAGUCAAAGAAGAGUGAUGUUAUGGGGACUCUUGCCAGGAUCAUCACACGCUGUGAUGUGUGUUUGCUCCAGGAAGUGAGAGACAGUAAAGGAAAAGCUGUACCACUGCUGCUCGACUCCCUGAAACAGUUUGACACCAAGUAUGAAUAUAAGACUGUGGCCAGUGAGAGACUGGGCAGGUCUGAAACAUACCAGGAGCAGUACGUGUUUGUGUACAGGACGGAGACGGUGAUGGUCAUGGCCCAGUAUCAGUACCCUGAUAAUAAACCAGGAGAUGUAGACGCUUUCUCCAGAGAGCCGUUCGUUGUCCAUUUCAGCGCGCCCACCACAGCUAUAAAGGAGUUUGUUCUCAUACCUCAGCACACCACGCCCUCCAACACCACCAAGGAGCUCGAUGCCCUCUAUGAUGUUCUACAGCAUGUGAGAAAGAUGUGGAAAACUGAGAAUGUGAUGCUUCUUGGAGACUUUAAUGCGGACUGUGGCUACCUCGCUAAGAAGAACAGGAAGAAUGUGCGCCUAAUUACAGACAAGAGUCUUAUUUGGCUCAUCCCAGACGACACUGACACCACCGUGCGAUCAACCACAUCCUGCUCCUACGACAGGAUUGUUGUGAACGGGGAAACCUUUCACAGAGCCAUCGUGCCUGCUUCAGCCAAACCGUUUAACUUUCAAGAGGAAUACGGACUGACGGAGGAGCAGGCACUGGGUGUCAGCGACCAUUACCCGGUGGAGGUCCUGCUAAAGGUCAAGGAUUUCAGAGCCUUUCUUGGGGGCUCAUCUAUUACCAGUGCAAACCAGUUUAUGACUUUGUUUGUCCUAAGCAAUGUUGCCUUUCAAAUAUUGACAAGGUAGUUAAAUAAUAAACCUAGAGGAUGAGAUAGGUCUGUCUUAUAGCCAAGUUCAUGAACUGAGGAGAACAUGCGGAGCUGAACUUUCCAAAUACCCCUGAUGUUGGUCUUCAGGUUAAAAAAGAUAAAAUUACACAACUAUUUACCUUCAACAAUGUCUUUGACUAUAGUGUACAAUGGCCGAGCUGUGUGUGUAUGCGAGACUUCAGUGUUAGGCUGCAGAUUCGCUCCUCCAGUUUAUGGCAGCUGGACCCAAAGUGUUGAAAGAUCAAAUGCACAUGAUUUGUAAACUGUACACACAACUGACAAUGAAAGUUUCUCACCUGCUGUAAAUAUUUGUGAGUGUAUUUAUGGUGUAAAAAUCGUCUGAGGCCAGGUUUGUUUUCAGUGCAGACACAUAUGUAAACUUCAUAUUUC